AUGACCGUCCCAAGGCACCAGAACACUUGUGCUUUGCUACAUUACCUGAUCACCCUGCCCCGUGCUGCACGACAUCCCAUCGCGCUCCAGACCCAUUCACUCAAUACCUUAUCUCCCAAGCACCAAUCGGCCGACAGAAGCGGAAGAACGACAGAGCUCGAUCCGCAACGGUACAUGAAGACGAGCGACUUUGUUAAUACAGUCACUGAUGUCCUCGGAGAUGCCAGUCGCGACUGGAUUCUUGACCAACGCUCCAAGGGUCUCAUCAAGGAAGAGGCGGUGCGUAGCCGGAAGAAGGACGUCCGCAGCCUGAUAAACAUCGGUUACAAGGUCACCGACUGUCUUGACGGCGGUAAAUCUGGUGCUGCAUGGCGCGAUUGGUACAGGGACCAAAUGUCAUCCAUACGCGCAUCGAUCAAGGAGAUGGUGGGUCCCAAGUACCAAGAGCUGCUCGAUCAGCACGAGGGGUUCUGUGACGUCGUCUUCAAUGAUACAUCGUCGCGCCCCAACUACUCUGACAAGUUCUACGCGCAGGCACCAGCUCUGCUCUCCAUCGACAGCAACACCUGCAGGGCAGCUCAAAAAGUGCGAGAGAAAGAAGUCGACGACCUCGUCAGCACAAUGCAAACCGUUGGAGGAACUGUUGAGAACGAGCUGCGCGAGAUGGAAGCUUCAGGCUACGUCCAGACUUCAAGGGAGUAUGAGGAGGUGCUGGCGAAUCUGAGGGCGGAGCAGGCGGCAAUCCUGUCUGCCGAGUCGAGAACCUCAACAAUGCAGAAAGGCGAACGGUUGGCGGGGCUUUUGGCCAGUGGAUACAUUUCGCUCAGGAACAAGGUGCUCGAUCCUGACAAUGCGUAG